AUGAUCCUUGUAUCCUAUGACGUAACGAGGCAACAAUCGUCCGGCUCCAGUGAUAACACAGUCAGAGUCUGGAAUCCCACCACCGGUGCUCUGUAUAAGAUUCUUGAGGGCCAUUCAGACUGGGUGCGAUCAGUCGCAUUCUCGCCCGACGGCUGUCUAUUAGCGUCUGGCUCUUAUGAUCAGACAGUCAGGAUCUGGGAUUUCACCGCAGGCACAGCAAACCAGAUUCUCAAAGGCCAUUCAGGUUUAGUAUGUUUUUUGGCAUUCUCACCCGAUGGGCGACUGCUAGCAUCAGGCUCCAGCGAUAGGACGGUCAGAAUCUGGGAUGUCGCCACGGAUCCAAAAACCCAGGCUCACGAGAGCCAUUCAGGACCAGUUCGCUCUGUGGCCUUCUCACCCGACGGCCUACUACUGGCGUCUGGCUCUGAUGAUGGAACGGUCCGGCUCUGGGAUCCAGCCACCGGCGUCUUGCACCAGACCACAAAUGUAAGAGGGGUAGCCACCCAACUGGACUUCUCCGCGGAUAGUUCGCGCCUAAACACAAAUCUGGGGUCUUUCGAUAUAGAGCCGUGCUCAAAAAAUCCUGACUCUAAACAUCUGGCGAAGGUUGAGAUACUCAUGCAAGACGAUCAGUGGAUAACUCUUGACGGCGAAAAGGCCCUUUGGCUUCCGCCCGAUUAUCGACCUACUUGUUCGGCUGUCAAAGACAAUACUUUUGCCUUGGGACACGCAUCCGGACAGGUUUCAUUCAUUGGAUUCGAUGCGUAG